UUAUUUUUAAUUUCUUUUUAGAAAACAACAAACCUAUAAAAUUUUGUUAAAAUCUUGGAAAAACUAUUUUAAAAGAAAUACACAAACAUGGGUCAAACACUUUCGGAACCGGUAACCUCUAAGGAAUCAGCUUAUUGUCAAAAUGAAAUGUAUCGAGUGGGUUCCAGUUGUAUGCAGGGUUGGCGCAUAAAUAUGGAAGAUUCUCACACACAUAUACUCUCCUUGCCCGAUGAUCCGGGCACCUCAUUCUUUGCCGUUUAUGAUGGUCAUGGUGGUGCUACGGUGGCCCAAUAUGCCGGCAAACAUUUACACAAAUUCAUCUUAAAAAGACCAGAGUAUAAGGAAAAUAUGGAGGAGGCUUUAAAACAGGCCUUUUUAGAUAUCGAUUAUGAAAUGUUAUAUAAUGAAUCAUGGGGCGAACAAAUGGCUGGUUCCACAGCUGUUGUAGUUUUAAUUAAAGAUAAUCGUUUAUAUUGUGCCAAUGCCGGUGAUUCACGUGCCGUGGCCUGUGUUAAUGGAGAGGUAAUGACUUUAUCGAUGGAUCAUAAACCAAAUAAUGAAGCUGAAUCGAAACGUAUCAAUGAGGGUGGCGGUUGGGUUGAAUUCAAUCGUGUCAAUGGUAAUCUGGCAUUAUCGCGAGCAUUAGGUGAUUUUGUUUUUAAGCGUAAUGAAAAUAAAAAACCCGAAGAACAAAUUGUUACAGCCUACCCCGAUGUAGAAACACGCAAAAUCAAUGAGGAUUGGGAAUUUUUGGUAUUAGCCUGCGAUGGUAUUUGGGAUGUUAUGAGCAAUCAAGAGGUUAUCGAUUUCUGUCGAUCACGCAUCGGUCAGGGUAUGUAUCCCGAAGAAAUAUGCGAAGAACUAAUGACUCAUUGUCUGGCUCCCGAUUGUCAAAUGGGUGGUUUGGGUGGUGAUAAUAUGACCGUCGUCUUAGUAUGUUUUCUACACAAUAAACCCUAUGCGGAUUUAGUGCAGAAAUGUGCCACCUCAACGGUGUCUGCGAAUACAAAUACUUCAUUGCCGGCUACACAAACAUCGACAACAUCGUCACCCGAAGAAGAGGAAAUAGAUCUAAAAUAACAGCAGCAACAGCAAUAUCAGUUUCAACAGUCUAGUAGCACUACAACAGCAGCAGUACUCACUUUUAUCUAAACACACAAACAAAAAAAAAAGAAGAAAACAUUCAAGUGAAGUGUUGCUAAUUAACAAAAAGAAAAGAUGAAACAAGAUGUGAACAAAAAAGAAUCUAAAAUAUCUUCUUUUUUUAAGAUGUCGAUUUCUUUUCCACAUUUUUUGUCAUUUUAGUUUUUAAAUAAAUUUUUUUUUCCUGUUUAUAUUUUAUAUAUACCUCCAGGUAGUGUUAUUCUUAUAGUCUUUCUUUUUUAAUAUUAUAAAACUUUUCUUUUGCAAACUAAAACUAAAAAAAUAACAAAAGAAAAAACAUUAAUAAUACUUGUUACUUAACAUUACUCUGGUGUGUUCCUUUAUAUUAGCAAACAAACAUUUUUCUUUAUUUUAUAUGUAAUUCAGUUUUUAUUUAAAUUAAUUUUGUGUUUUAGCCUGCAAUUGAAAACGGUUUUGGUCUUAAUUAUUAAAAAUUAGUAAAAAAUUUAAUAACAAGAAAAUGCUACUUCUAUAUACAUAUUUUAUUAAUGUUUAAGUUUUACAAAAUUUUGUUAAAAUUGUUAAUUUUAUUUAACAUUGUCAUUUAUAAAAGAAAAGAAAAAAACAAAAGUAAAGUAAAAUCCUUUGUGUAAGUUUGUGUGAGAGUUUUUCUAAAAAAAACAAAAAAAAACAACCAAAUCAAAACUGAAAAUAUUAUUCUUUUAUUUUUUCUUUUUUAUAAUAAAUUUUCAAAAUAUAAAAUU